ACAUUGGAAACUCCGUCACUUCAAAACACACUUAUAAAUUCAUCAGCAAAUCAUUUUUCUUAUUAUUAUUAUGCCUCUAUCCAUUGUUUCCGUUAAGUUUAACGGCUGAGAUGGACGUUGACGUCUCCAGUCUCCGCUCUCCUCCGUCCAUCCUCAUCAACCGGCAUUCUAACGGCCCCAACGGAUUAGACGUCAACGCCGUCAAACUCGUCGGCGAAAGGGAUCUCGACCGGAAGAAGGAGAAGAGGGCAACCUCGGAGUUCGGAAAACAUGGAGGCGCCGCCGGUAUGAGAAGCCCGUUUUUCUUGAAGUGGAGGGUGGGGGAUGUAUUUGGUGUGGUGAGGCGCCACCCCAUACCGUGCGCCUUCUCCGUCGCGCUCUUCUUCUUCAUGCACGUCGAGUAUACCCUCCGCAUGACCCCGCCCGGUUCUCCGCCGUUAGAUUUCGGCUUCGCCGUCACCGUUCCGCUGAAUCGUUUGCUUGCUUCUCGCCCCGACAUUAACAAUCUUCUUGCUGCCCUCAAUACGGCGUUUGUGGCAAUGCAAUCAUGGUACAUAUUAUGGGCGUGGGUGAUUGAGGGUCGUCCAAGAGCUACAAUCUCAGCAUUGUUCAUGUUCACUUGCCGUGGAAUUCUCGGAUACCUUACUCAACUACCUUUGCCCGAGGAAUUCUUGGGAUCCGGGGUUGAUUUUCCGGUGGGGAACACGUCGUUUUUCUUGUUCUUUUCCGGCCACGUUGCUGCGUCGGUUAUUGCUUCCCAAGAUAUGCAACGGGUGAAGAGAUCAAAGUUGGCAUUCACAUUUCAUGUACUCAACUUUUUGCAAAUUGUGAGGCUGCUAAGCACAAGGGGUCACUACACCAUUGACUUGGCCGCCGGUUAUGCUGCCGGAAUUCUCUUUGAUUCUUUGGCCGGAAAAUAUGAAAACUACAAGAAUAAACAAAGAUAAUUAAGUAACAUUAGACUUUAAUUAAGUCAUGUUUUUAUUUUUGAGUGGGAUGAAACCGGCCUUAUGAUCCGGACUGGCAAAGGGUCACAAGGAGGUAAAUCAACUUAAAUUGUUUAUAAAUUACCAAGCUUAAAUGAAGAAGGUCGAACUUGUAACUUUGUAAUCUUGCUAGAGUUGUCGUCCCAAUUAAAUCAUGUUUUAAUUAGAGGUGUGGUUGAUUUAUACUGUAAUGAUUGA